GUUAAGAGAGUAGGAGGGAGAUUGGUCACUGGUAUGACUAUGAGUCUUCUCUAUAUAUAUACAGAUACAGAUAUAGAUAUCAUGCAUAUGAGAAUACACAGAUAUGGUGACCCAAAUCCCUAAUCAAUGAUGAUGAUUUGAGAAGGUGGAGGUCGCGUCGGAUUCACGGACAGAUUUGUGAUUCCAUGACGGUGGUGGGUUAAUGGAAGGGAUUUGGAGAUAAUUUGGUGGGGUUCUGUGGAACUGAUUCUGAUUCUGCUGCUGGGUUUUUCACUCUGUAAUCUAUAUAUAAAUAUACUCUGUCUCUGGAUUCGGAGUCGGAGUCGGAUUUGGAUUUGGAUUUGGAUUGGGUUAGAUUAUCUCUCUCAGCCUCCGGACUUCUCUCCAAUUUUCGUUGGUGGUCCUCACUCAGAAACUGUUCAUCUAGUGAUACGAAACUGCCUUACUGCUUACUUUAGCAUAAAAGAAUUGGCUAAGAUUGAUCUAUUUUUCUCAUUUUGGAGUUGAAAAGAGAGAGAUCUGAUCUGAAUUUAGGUCUUUACACAGUUCCAAGACCAACCAUGAAUGCAUUGGUGGCAACCAACCGAAACUUUAAGCUGGCAGCUCGCCUUUUGGGGUUGGACUCAAAGCUUGAAAAGAGUUUACUCAUCCCGUUUAGGGAAAUCAAGGUUGAGUGCACCAUACCCAAAGACGAUGGUACUUUGGCAUCAUUUGUUGGAUUCAGGGUUCAACAUGACAACGCUAGAGGCCCCAUGAAGGGAGGGAUCAGAUACCACCCAGAGGUUGACCCAGAUGAGGUAAAUGCUUUGGCACAACUAAUGACAUGGAAGACAGCAGUAGCAAAUAUUCCAUACGGUGGGGCCAAAGGAGGGAUAGGAUGUAAUCCAGGGGAGCUAAGCUUGUCUGAGCUAGAGCGACUGACAAGAGUCUUCACCCAAAAGAUACAUGAUCUAAUUGGGGUCUCCACAGAUGUUCCAGCACCUGAUAUGGGAACAAACUCACAGACCAUGGCAUGGAUACUAGAUGAGUACUCGAAAUUUCAUGGCUACUCACCUGCUGUGGUGACUGGAAAGCCUAUUGAUCUCGGUGGAUCUCUGGGCAGAGAUGCAGCUACAGGAAGGGGAGUACUCUUUGCAACAGAGGCCCUUCUUCAUGAACAUGGGAAGAGCAUUGCCGGACAACGGUUUGUUGUACAGGGGUUUGGGAAUGUGGGUUCCUGGGCUGCCCAACUCAUCAGUGAACAUGGUGGAAAGAUUGUUGCUGUAAGUGACAUUACUGGAGCCAUUAAGAAUAGCAAAGGAAUUGACAUUCCAAGCCUCCUCAAGCAUUCUGUGGAACACCGUGGAGUCAAAGGUUUCAAUGGGGCAGAUCCAAUAGAUCCAAAGUCGAUAUUGGUUGAAGAUUGUGACGUCCUCAUCCCAGCAGCCCUUGGGGGUGUGAUCAACAGGGAAAAUGCAAAUGAAAUUAAAGCCAAAUUUAUUAUUGAAGCAGCCAACCAUCCAACAGACCCUGAAGCAGAUGAGAUCCUAUCAAAGAAAGGUGUUGUCAUUCUUCCAGACAUAUAUGCAAACUCGGGGGGAGUCACUGUCAGUUAUUUUGAGUGGGUUCAGAACAUUCAAGGUUUCAUGUGGGAUGAGGAGAAAGUAAACAAUGAACUGCGGACGUACAUGACCAGAGGGUUCAAAGAUGUGAAGGAGAUGUGCAGAACCCACAAUUGCGAUCUGCGCAUGGGAGCAUUCACCCUUGGAGUUAACCGUGUUGCCAGGGCAACCGUCCUUAGGGGUUGGGAAGCCUAAGAGGGUAGCUAUCUGAAUAAAGAUGAGGGAGUCUCCUUUGGGACAAGAGUCCCUCAUUCUUGUCCGUGUUUGAUAUGCCUGUUGCAUUUUAACUAGUUCAGCAAUGGUUUUGUCAUUCCCUUUAUGGGUUUUAAUCUUAUUAGCUGUAUCGACAAUUUCAUAAGGUUUAAUCAUCAUCUCCUAUUUAAGGAUAUAUAGGUUGCACAAUUUUUAUC